AGGUCUAACGGAUGCCAACACUGCAAUGUUUAGUCAGGGAAACAAAAAGUCCUGUUUUAUUUAAGUACAAUUUUAAGAUUUGGAAGGUUGAUUUAAAGACACCUCUAGCAGUCAAGAAGAAGUUAAUGCAGCACAACAGUGUAAGACAGACUAAAUAUUUAAAUUAGUGUAAAAACAAAAGCAGUGAUGGGAGGACUUUGACUCCAGGGGAGGCCCCUCCCUUUGUGUUUGAACAGUCUAGUAAGUCUUUGCGUUGCAGCCUGACGUGCAGUAGGCUAGGUGGUUUCUGGUUUACAGUCUGGCCGGAGCAGAGUCAAACCUCUGGAGCUUAAAAGGAACCAACACCAUGCCCCGCAGGGCUGCUGCAGGAACUGACAGGAAACAAAAGAAGGGAAGAACCACUCGAAUGCUCACAGAGUUGAGGAGAAGCACAUGAUUCUACUCUCAAAGGGGAAUAAAGCUGUGAAAGACUGGAAUACGUUUUUUAACAAGGAUCUUUGACUGCAGGACUUUGGAUACCAAUAAAGGUAUUUUGAGGAGUUACUGCAUACUUUAAAGCAUUCUUUAGUAUUCAAGGACUGUAAUUCCUACCCAAAUGAAGCGUGAAGUCUCCCUGCCUGUUGCACAUGGUUGGAUUAAGAGACUGGAUUUUUGUGACUGACACAAUUACACAAUUGAGGAGAACAUUUUUACUCUGACAAAGUUACGACCCGGUUUAAAAAUGUACAGCACCUUUGCAACCACAGCAAGCUCCGUUCACAAUUUCAUGAAUUGCAGCAAGAAUGACGACUUCAAGUACACUCUGUACAGCUCGGUUUUCAGCCUGGUGUUUGUUGUUGGUCUUUUAUUUAACAUGGUGGCUGUUUACAUUUUUGGCUGUACACUGAAGCUGCGAAACGAGACCACGACCUACAUGAUAAACCUUGUAGUUUCAGACUCUCUCUUUGUACUGAGCCUGCCUUUUCGGAUUGUUUACUUCAUUGAACGUGAGUGGAUGUUUGGAAGUGUGCUCUGCAAGAUCUCUGUGGCACUGUUCUUCACAAACAUGUACGGCAGCAUCCUCUUCCUCACCUGCAUCAGUGUUGACCGCUUCCUGGCCAUCGUGCACCCAUUCCGCUCGCAGGCAAUUCGUACUAAGAGGAACGCCAGACUGGCCUGCUGCACAGUGUGGGUAAUGGUUCUUUCUGGAAGCAUUCCAGCUGGCUUAUUUUUGGACACCACUUCACCCCAAAAUGCCAACUCUUCCAACUUCUGCUUUGAAAACUACUCUGGUAAACAGUGGAAGACGGAGCUGUCCAAGGUGGUGGUGUUUAUUGAGACUGUGGGCUUCAUCAUUCCAUUGUUGCUCAAUGUCUUCUGCUCCAUAAUGGUGCUACGGACACUGAGGAACCGCCAAGCCAUCACUCGUGGAGGGAACCUCAACAAGACAAAAAUCUUAAGGAUGAUCUUUGUGCACAUCUUCGUCUUCUGCUUCUGUUUCAUUCCCUACAAUGUAAAUCUCAUAUUCUACGCCAUGGUCCGCUCCAAUGUCCUAAAGGGAUGCAACGUAGAAUCUGUGGUCAGAACCAUCUACCCCAUAGCUCUGUGCAUAGCGGUGACCAACUGCUGCUUUGACCCAGUCAUUUACUACUUCACUUCUGAAACCAUUCAGAGUUCCAUCAAACGCAAAUCCACAGUAUGGCACAACGGGGCGAAGCUAUUCGAGAGACUACAGAUGGACAGCUCACAAAGCAGUCCAAAUACAGCACCCAAAAGCCUGGCCCUGCGGAAUCAAAGAACAAAAGGGUUUGACAAUGAGUCUACAGUCUGAUGUCGACUCUAUUAUGGGACAUGACAAACAAUUCAUUGAUCGUGUUGAUUUCAAUCUGAGGAAGUAGGUGGAAUCAGAGUGAUAGCAACACAUAAACACAGCGGUUACUAAGGAGUCACUCUCAUCUACUGGAUGCCACAGAGCAGAGACUUUAGACUUGGAGUUAAGACACUGAUGCCUUUCAAGUCAAUAGAAGAGUGGAGCAAGACGAGGAAGAACAGGAACUGUGUUGCAGCAAAGAUACCCUUUUUUGCGCUGCCAGUUCACAACGCAAAUGUGUAUUAGUGGCAGGUGUGUGUGUUAGCCAUGGUAAUGUGCACAGCGCUAAAAAUACGUUUCAGCUGUUGGACGGAUGACAUUGUAAUUGUGGUCUUAUUUCUCAGAGCAGAUUCUUCAGAAAAAGCUUUGGCAAUGCUGAACAAGUAUUACAACUCUUUUUAUGUACUGUACAUUUUACAAGUAUUUGUGGCCUGAUUAUGGCUUUGAACCACUUUAUGGAGCAUUGUGUUCUAUAGCAGCUUUGUCCCAAUCAUUGAAAGCGAAUAAAAGCAUGUUUAACUUAAAAGGU